AUGCCUCCGAAAGGUGCUCCCCGACGAGGAGCACCGGCCGGCGCAGCCAGCCGCGCCAAUGCAUCUACAACCGCCUCCGCGAGUCCCGCGCCCAGCGCCACCACCACGGGCGACUCCCAGACUCCAACACCCGGCCCAUCAGCCUCCGGGCGAGCCCCCGUCCAGCGCCUUCAAUCGCUCAAGAAACGCACACCCUCCGGCAGCAUCGGACCGGCCGCGAAACCCCCCGGCGCGCCCGCUGCGCCCGGCGAACCUGCCAAGCCCACACUCAAAUACAAGCCGCGCGCCGUCGGCCGUCGCAGCAAGGAGGAGCGAGAAGCCAUCGAGAAGCUCGAAGCCGAGCGGCACCGCGAGCGCCUGAAGGAGGCGGCGGCGAUUCAGCGCGGCCGGGAUCAAGGCGGUCCUGGUGGUCGCGGUGGGUUUGGGCGCGGGCGUGGCGGACCUUUGGGGUCUGCGGGCGGGCCAUUGGGCUCGGGGAUGUCUGGGCGUCGGGGUAGAGGAGGACGGUUUGGACAGGAUUCGAGACAUUCGUCUAUGUCGAGACGCAGUCGGUCGGUCAUUGAUCUGGGAAAUACGGCGGCGGGUGCGGGGACGCGCGAUUACUCGUCGGAUGAGAGUGAUGGCGAGGUGCGCAUCAGUAUUGACCAGAUCAAUUUGGAUAGUGAUGAGGAGGAUCAGGAGCAGAUGAUGGUCGAUAGCAAGAAGGGGAAGGCGGCGGUUAAGUAUGCCGAUGCUGAGAAGGGGUUACGGCCUAUUCGCGUCGAGAGACAUGAGCAUGAGGAGCGCGUGGUCAGUGUCAAUAUGGAGUCGAGCUCGAGCAAGUCGGCGGAGCUGAGGGAGAAGGCUAAGGCGCAGGCGAAGGAGGAUGAUGGUGCGCUCUUUGUGCAGCAGAAUGAUGAUGAUGCUGCGGCUACUACGGAAGGAGAGCCCAAGGUCAAGUCUGAGCCUACGGAUGAUGAUGAUCAGGUCAUGACAGAUGUUCCGCAUGCCGAGGAGCCAGCUACGACGGAUGAUGGAUUGCUGCCGGUACAGAAGGUCAAGGUGCGCAGGAAAAUCACACCCCCGUCGAACGAGGCGACACCCCAGCCCGAAAUGGAGAUCCCUGCUGCCGUGAAGGACCCGAAGAGUUUACUACGCACGAAGGAGGAUAUCGAAGAGUACGAGCGACACGAGCAGGACCUGGAGAUUGUCAAGGACCUCUUCCAGAAGGAGCCCGAACCUGAAAAAUCGGAGACCACCACCCCGGCAGAGGGAGAGGCCCCUGCUGUGGUUGCGAAUGACCAGGACAAGGACAAGGACAGUACAAUGGAGGACAAGGACAAGGAACAGGAGGAAGAGGAUGUCAACAAGGACAAGUUGGCGGGGCAGCUGUUCCUGAUGCAAUUCCCACCGAUGACGCCGAACCUGGUGGUACCGGGCAACAACGAGAAUCCAGCGGAUGAAGCUACAGAUGCGAUGGCGGGGCAGAGCGCACCGGAGGCCAGUGGGUCGGAGCAGACAGGCGUCAAGCGCGAAGAUGGCGUGGAGAUCCUCGAAGGUGGAGAGGAUGCCACGGCAACAGGGACGUCAUCCAAGAUUGUCACUGCAACCGACUGGGGCCUCAGCGCCGGGCGCGUCGGCAAGCUGAACGUCCAUGCGUCGGGUCGGGUGACGAUGGACUGGGGAGGCAUCAGCUUCGAGCUGGAUCGCGCAACAGCCGUGGACUUUCUCCAGGAAGCGUUGAUCGUGUCGACCCCGCCUAAUGCAGCGGACGAGGAAUUCCCGGAUGAUGAAAAGAAGUACACGGACCACCCGAGGGCAGUGAGGCAGACACUACUUUCAAUGAAGCAUGAUAGAUGGGCCGAUGGACGGUGGCCGUGCACUAUCAUCCCGUCCCCCAUUCACCCAAUAGCGGGAAAUGAACCUCGCCCUCGCGUGGAGUUUCUGUCAUCUCUUAUUGGCUCACCCGGUCCAGACCCUCUCCCAAUCGGGCAAAAGCUGAUGCCGAUGGUUACAGGGAUUGUCCCUGGUUCCACCGUCGCCCUUCCCUGA